AUGGAGGCAUUUGACAAGCUGAAGAUUGCCUUGACCCACGCUCCUAUUGUGAGAGAGCCUGACUGGAGUAGGCCGUUCGAGAUCAUGUAUGACGUAUCCAACUAUGCGGUAGGAGCGACGCUGGCUCAGCGCGAAGGUUUGCUGAAGAAAUAUUGCAUCAUUCACAAGGUGGCGACGGCUUACCAUCCCCAAACCAAUGGGCAAGCCGAGGUGUCUAACAGAAAGAUAAAGUGCAUACUGGAGAAGAUUGUCAAGCCUCAUAGAAGAGACUGGAUCUCUAGGCUUGGAGAUGCGCUUUGGGCUUAUCGGACAGCUUACAAGACACCCAUCGGCAUGAGUCCGUUCCGCCUGGUCUACGGAAAGGCUUGUCACCUUCCGGUGGAGUUGGAAUACAAAGCUUACUGGGCGGUGAAGGAAUGCAACUUAGGAUUGGGGGGAGCCAGGAUUGAAAGGAAAUUGCAACUACAGAAGUUGGAGUGCCUUCGACUGGAACCGUUGAGACUAAUGCCAGGCAAGUUGAGAUCAAGGCGAGAAAGACCUUAUAGGGUGGAGAAGGCUGAGCCAUAUGGGGUCUUCUACUUGAGUCACCCUUCAAGCCCCACCUUCUUCAAAUUCAAUGGCCACCAUUUGAAGCUGUAUCACGGUGAAAAGAUGAAGAACAACAAGGAGCUGGAGAUCUUCCUCUUGACGGAUCCAGCAAGGGAAGAGGACUAA